AUGGGCGCUGACUCCGCAGAGCGUCGUGGCGGUGGCGGUGCCGCGGCGGGGGGCGGGAGCCCCCCACCGGAGGACCACUCGGAGACUACAGCCGCUGCACCGGUGGCGCCGCAGGAUGCAGCGACAGGCCUCAAGCCCGCUGCGCCGCCACCCGCUCCUCGGCCUAGUGGCCUGGCGGGAAAUUACACGGUGUGGCUUGCCGCGCUUGUGCUGCUGCUCGCUGUCGGUAGGUGGAAGUACGACGCGUACAUGCGUUCUGUGGAUGAAGAGCUGUUACAGACGCGGUACACCGAAUACCUGAUCGAGCGCUGGUCACGGGACGGGGAGAGUCUCCUCGCAAACGUUUCACGGGACCCCAGCUUCACCCAAUACAAAGGGACACGUAUCUACUUCCGUGCCCUCACGCGAGCCGUGCCGAUUCCUGGCACCAAGCCCGUGGAAUUUAAGCUCAAGAUUGGGCUCCCCGAAGUGGACGACGAAAAUCGUUGGCGUGGCGACGACGAUGACAAGGGGCGGGAGCUGAGAAGCAAAAUGCGCUGCGUUGGUGAAGAGGGGUUAUUGCACCUUCAUAUUGUGGGCCUUCUUUCCAACGGCAUGCGUUUCACCUCAUCGUAUGCAGAAGGAGUGGGGGCGGAGCAGCACACCUUGGAGAGAUGCGUUCCCUGCCUGCAAAAGCUCUUGCCGAUGAUGUGCACAGGUGACAAGUGGGAGAUCAUAUGUCCCCCGGGUGAGGGAUACGGCAAUGCCGGGGCUGACAGCAUCCCCCCUGGCGCAACAACUGUAUGGCGCAUUAGCGUUGAAAGCGUGGACGGCAAUAAACCACGCGGAUGGCGCGAGGCAGAGGCGCUCCUCGCCGCUUCGGUGACGCACGUCGAUGGCACACCGCCCAUGACGCGGAAGCAACUCUUUGAAACUCCAACAAAUAUUUGUCAGUUUCGGAGACAUUAUGAUUUUUUUUCUUUUUAUGUUUAUGAGUAUAUGUGUGGCUUCUCUCUUACCUUCUCUAUGCCUCUCUGUAUAUCUCUGUGUGUAUCAAUGCGCAUCAGGCCUCGCCGACGGUAA